AGCAAGAGCGCAGCCCCGAGAAGCCACGUUUUGCAGAAGAUCCGCGCACGUCCAUUCUACGGCAGAAUCGAAGGGACGUUAAAAUUGUGUCUGGAUCUGUGACGGCUCUUCAUGGCAGUCAGAAGGGGACACAUUAGAUACUUAAAAGACGUAUAUGACAUGUCGAACGGUUACGAAGAUCACAUGGCCGAUGAGCCUAAAGAUGCCAAAACAAACCUUAUCGUCAAUUACUUGCCUCAGAAUAUGAGUCAAGAUGAGCUGCGGAGUCUCUUCAGCAGCAUUGGGGAGGUGGAAUCUGCUAAACUUAUUCGUGACAAAGUAGCAGGCCACAGUUUAGGGUAUGGAUUUGUUAACUAUCUUAACCCUAGUGAUGCAGAAAGAGCUAUCAGUACUCUCAAUGGACUGAGACUACAGUCUAAAACUAUCAAGGUGUCAUAUGCCAGGCCAAGCUCUGACACCAUAAAGGAUGCCAACCUCUACAUCAGCGGGCUGCCUAAAACAAUGACACAGAAGGAUGUAGAAGACAUGUUUGCACGUUACGGCAAAAUAAUCAACUCCCGUGUGCUUGUCGAUCAAGCAUCAGGACUUUCUCGUGGUGUGGCCUUCAUUCGCUUUGACAAGAGAGCAGAGGCAGAGGAUGCAAUUAAGGACUUAAAUGGGCAGAAGCCACCAGGCGCUACCGAGCCCAUCACUGUAAAAUUUGCUGCCAACCCCAACCAAGCUAAAAACACACAAGUUAUUUCCCAGAUUUAUCACACACCAUCUCGCCGCUUUGGGGGGCCAGUUCACCACCAGGCCCAGAGAUUCAGGUUCUCUCCUAUGAGUGUGGACCAUAUGAGCGGCAUGUCUGGUGUUAACGUGCCUGGUAACUCCUCAUCAGGCUGGUGUAUUUUUAUCUACAACCUGGGCCAGGAUGCAGAUGAAGGCAUUCUGUGGCAGAUGUUUGGGCCCUUUGGAGCCGUCACAAAUGUCAAAGUAAUCCGCGACUUCAACACCAAUAAGUGCAAAGGAUUCGGGUUUGUUACCAUGCCAAACUAUGAAGAAGCAGCCAUGGCUAUUGCCAGCCUCAAUGGCUAUCAGGUCGGGGACAAGAUUUUACAAGUGUCGUUCAAAACAAGCAAGUCGCACAAGUAGAAAGCAGGGUUACCAGGCAAAUGAUAGAAGUCCCAUGUUUCCUUCAGAGCCAGAGUGGCUGGCAAAGUUUAAAAAGAAACGUAUUUUUAGUGUAAAGUCUUUGCAAAUUUUCACGUUUUUCUGUCUCGUUUAGACAUCUGUUUGACAGUUUCCUUUUUUUAAGAUUCAAGUUGUUGGAUGCGUCAAAUGCAAGUGUUUUUAGGCAUUCUGGUUGUCCCAAUAUUUGACCAAUUCCAUAUUUGAUAACUAUUUUGUGUCUCGGUCAUUAGCCUGAUAAUGUUGCUAAGUGCCAUAUGUGUGGUCAGACCCUUUAUUCACCAGGUGCUGGCUUUAAGGCUCUUGAUUUUUUUACCAGUCAACAUCUUCCAUUGCUCUUCCGUAUUUAUGAUGCCUUAAUUUUACGUCUUUUUUCCUCUUUGCCCUCAAAUGUAGCACUUUUUUAGUUUUGCAGGAAUAUCAUUGCUCAUCUUGCAACAUUUCAUUCUGAUAUUGAAAUCUGAGUUUUAAAUCCAGCAUUCUGGGAGCUCAAUACGUUGAGGCAAUGGCAAAGGAAGAAGAGUAUCUGUGAAAUGUAAUAAGGCUUUGUUCAUUGAGGGAAAAUACUUUUAAAUUGUUAAUCUUUUGUAAGGAACCCUCUGAAAAGACCGGUAACUAAGAAGGACCAAAGACGUAUGGAUGAAAGGUUUAGUUUCCCCAACAGAAAUGCAGGUUGCACAUCCCUUGGCAUAUUCCAAAUAUAUUUGGACAUCAAAAUACUAGGUACUGAGUAUAUAUGUCAAAAUGUAAUCACAUUUGAGCAUCAGCAUCUUCUGUUUAAGGUUUGUUUUUUAGUUUGUUUUUCUUUUUUUUUCUUUUUUUUUUUCUCUCUCUUGUAAAAAAACAUACUUUAAGUUUAGGUUGGUUAUUUGAAAAUAGUUAUCCAUUACUAAUCCAUAUGCUUUUUAAGACUGCCUUGUGAUUAUUAUUUUGUGUUUUGUUCUUUUUAUUUUUGCUUUGUGUUUCCUUUUGGAAUCUUUCAUUUUGAUUGUUUCACAUGGCAUUUAAAAUCAUUAAAUUUUUUUGUUUUGAACUUUGUUUUGUUUCCUUUUUUCUUAAUUUUAUAUUUUAUUUAUACAUUCAUAGGCUCAGUAAAAUACACUUCCAUAUUUACAGAUGCAUUCAGGGCAGUCAGUAGUUUUUAAUCUGCUAGUCACUCUAGUCCACUCUAGGGACCCUCACUAGAGAAAUACUACAUAACCACAUUUCAUGAUUUUAAUUUUGAUGAAGUAUUUUAACUUGUGUGUGUUUUCGAAGCAUUGGACCAAAUUGUAAAGAUACCACUUCAGCUAUCCGACAGUGGUUGACUUUAUUUCACUUGGCCGAUGGAGUGUCAUAAUUGUGUUCGCUUGGUAAAGUGCCCUAUUUUCAGUGGUUCAUUCUCUGCUUUUUCCAGGGGUUUAUACCAUAGUUUCUAAUUGAGUAGUGGUAAAGGUAGAAAGAGGACCCCAGACUGCCGAAAAUGUGUAAAAAUUCAAGUCAUAAUCUUUAUACGGUUGUCCAAAAAUUGUACAGCCGUAUCCAUCUCAUCCCUUCAGCUUUUACUCCUUAGGUCUUCCAAAUAGCAACACAUAAAUUCCCACAUAGCUUUACCUGCAACUGAGUUAACUUGUGAAUUUGUGAUGUUUCCAAGAAGUGUCUCAUAUGAAACAUUGUUGAUGAUUCUCAGCCCAGACAGUUAUAUGCUCCUCUUUGUACAAGACUUAAGGUUGGUAUUGUGUGCAUAUAUUUAUAUUAUUGGUGACUGUCAUCUUAAUUGGCCUGUACAUUUAUACACUAUAUUCUAUCUUCAGUGGAUUGUUUUAAGCAGCAGUUUACAGUACUUGGAUGAACUAGCAUCACCUGUUACUUAAUGGAAUAGUUCACCCAAAAAUGAAAAUUCUCUCAUCAUUUACUCACCCUCAUGCCAUCCCAGAUGUGUACAACUUUUUCUU